CAUACCUUUUCAAGAAUGAGAAUUUCUAUACUACAUAAAGUCUUUCUAGGAUAUCAGAGAAAGUAUUCGACCUGUCAAGAUAAACAAAUAUGGGAAAUUAUGAAGAAUUCUUUGGAUGGAUACAGAGAUAUUUGGUUUAUGCCUCUUCGCCUGCAAGAUUUCAUGUUAGGGGCGAAUUUUUUACAUGCAUCUUUGGAUGUUGAUCAGUAUUUUAGAGAUUUAUGUAUCGAAGAUUUUCGAGAUCCACAAACAGUAACAAACAAUGACACACAUCCAAGAAUUGUGAAACCAUACCUAAUUCCAUUCAAAUCAUUGUUUCAUAGCGGAUUUGAUGCUUUACAAAAGAAAAUUGAUAAAAGUCACAUUGAUUCAUCCUUGCUCUCAUAUGCAACUGAAACACUUGUUUCUGGGUUUUUAUAUAGAAAAGACUAUCAUGAAAGCUGUCUUCAAGCUGUUUUACGAUUACAGAAUGAAGGCCAUAUUAGUGUUAUUAUGUCGAAUCACUUGUUCUCAAGAUUGACUGCAAACUUUGGAAGAAAUCAUUUUGUGACAAAUAAAAAACUGAGCAAAUGGGAUCUUGUUACUUGUCCUUGUUCUAGGAACUGUGGAGAGGAAAUAGUUUAUGAUAAUAUUGGAAUAGGAAGUGAGUAUUUAUGGUAUGGAUGUCCAGACAUAAUGAUGCUUCCCUAUGGUGGAGUAUGUGGUAUUGUAGUACCAGAAGAUUCAAGUAGCGAGGACAAUGAAUUAAGUUCCAAUCUUGAAACAAAUCUGAAAACAUUUGUAGAGUACAGAGACACUUCAUCUCUUCGUGGAGAAAAUACUGUAGAAAGGAUAAUAUCUAUGGCCAUUACAUUUUCUAUGUUUCAAAAAAUUUCAAAACCAAUAUUAAAUCUUGAACAGACUCAAUCAACUUCCAUGGUUCCAAUAAUUGCUGCCAAUGCAAGACAUUUUGACAUUUAUUUGUACGAUUCCAAGUAUGAUAUUCUUUUGCGUAAUAAUGGACCACCUAUUCCAUUGUGGGAGGAUGAAACAAUAAGAAAAAUUCCUGCAAAAUUAAACCUAUCGUCAGUUCUACAACUUUGGAUGACCAUUAAUUAUUUAUCGAUGCAAAUGCAGCUUAGAAAAGAGGACACUGUGAUUUUGUCUGGAAGUUGUGGCUUCCUCUCAAAAUUGACAAAGGACAAAUUAGAGGAUAUUGAAGCAACAUUACAGAUGGCAAAAUGGUUUUAUCCACCAGAGAAAAAAGAAUUUGAAUUGCACUUCCAAACUCUUUCCCCCUGAAAUAUAUGCAUCAUCAAUCAAAGUCAAACCAAAUAAUAAAAUCAUUAAAUGCAAUUUCAAACAUCAUUUCUUUUAAAGAUGGAAGGAUACUGUUUCAUAUCAUUGGCACUUUAUCUAAAAAGUAAAAACUGUUUUUAAAAAUGCACAUUAUCAGACCAAUACAUACUGUUGAUGCUCUAGAUUUGAGUAAAGAGUGACAAAUCUUUUGAUGAUGUUAAUCAUCCAGUUUAGAUCAGUCAUUGCUUUCUUAUGACAAAUAUCAACUGAUUAUUGCAUAUUGAAAUACUUGUAGAUAUAUAUGAAUGUUGAAUAUAAAAAUGUAAUUCUUGGUUCAA